CUGUACUGGCGUUGUCGGUUUUGGUCCAUUCAUAUAUUGAAAGAAGCUUGAUUGAGAGGGUUGCUUGUUAAUUUCGCCUCCCGACUAUAGCGCAGCAAAUCGAGAGAGAGAAUCCCGCGACCGGAAAAGUAAGAACCCAUUUCGGCAAUGCGUUAACGACGGAUUCUCUGGUCGGAUCAGAUCUCCGUUUCUCUGCCGGAUCCGGCGUCUUUUUCCUAGCUCCUAUCACCCCUAGAUCAACAAGGACAGAGUAUUUCUUCUAGCUACAGAUCGAUCUCCACUGAGGAAGAGGAUAGAAUAUUGCGGUCCGAUGGCUCUUCGUAAGGCAAUUGGGACUGUGAAGGACCAAACGAGCAUCGGGAUAGCCAAGGUGGCUAGCAAUUUGGCUCCGGAACUGGAAGUUGCCAUUGUUAAGGCAACUAGCCAUAAUGAUGAUCCAGCUGGGGAAAAGUAUAUCCGGGAAAUCCUUCAGUUGACUUCCUACUCCCAGGGCCAUGUGAGCGCAUGUGUGUCAUUGAUAUCCAAGAGGCUAGGCAAAACCAGGGACUGGAUCGUCGCUCUCAAGUGUUUGAUGCUCGUCCACCGGUUGCUCAGUGAUGGUACUGCCGUGUUUCAGCAGGAAAUUAUGUAUGCUACCAGAAGAAGGGGCACGAGGCUAUUGAAUCUGUCCGACUUCAAGGACGAGGCACACUCGAGCUCGUGGGAUCAUUCUGCGUUUGUGCGGACUUAUGCACUGUAUUUGGAUCAGAAACUGGAGAUGAUGCUUUUCGAUAGGAAACAGAAUGGAACUGGUGGAGAGAUUGUGAGGUACGAGUCUCGGGAGGAUCAGCAGUGGGGAUCACCUCCUGGGUCAAGCAGGGGAAACAAUUACAAUUACAGUGAGCCAGCAUACGGGAUGAGAAGGUCAAGAUCGUCUGGGGAUGUGAAAGAUUCGUCCGCCCAAGAUCUGAAAGAUGUGACACCAUUGAGGGAAAUGAAGCCAGAAAGGAUUUUCGGGAAGAUGAGCCAUUUGCAGAGACUAUUGGAUCGAUUCUUGUCAUGCCGGCCAAUUGGACUGGCAAAGAACGAGAGGAUGAUUCUAGUGGCUCUCUACCCCAUGAUAAGGGAAAGUUUUAAGCUUUAUGCAGAUGUCUGUGGAGUCUUGGCUGUGUUGUUGGAUAGAUUUUUCGAUAUGGGGUAUCAAGAUUGCGUGAAGGCCUUCGAUGCCUAUGCCAAUGCCGCAAAACAGAUUGAUGAGCUUGUGGGGUUCUAUAACUGGUCUCAGGACAUUGGCAUUGCGAGGGCAUCAGAAUACCCCGAAGUGCAGAGGAUAACCGGCAAGCUGUUGGAGACGUUAGAGGAGUUUGUGAGGGAUAGGGCAAAGGCAAUAAAGAGCCCAGAAAGAAAGGCAGAUGUUCAUCAGCCACCAGCCAAGGAAGAGCCUGUACCUGAUAUGAAUGAGAUCAAAGCCUUGCCUCCACCCGAGAAUUAUACCCCUCCACCAGCACCCGCACCAGCACCAGAACCUCCUAAGCCAGCAGCUGUCCAGGAGACAGGAAAUUUAGUGGAUUUGAGGGAGGAUGGGGUGACUGCAGAUGAUCAAGGGAAUAAGUUUGCGCUGGCAUUGUUUGCUGGGCCAGGAGGAAACAACGCAAACGGAUCAUGGGAAGCAUUCCCCUCUAAUGGGGAGCCUGUGGUGACCUCUGCUUGGCAGAACCCUGCGGCCGAGACUGGCAAAGCGGAUUGGGAGUUGACUCUGGUGGAGUCAGCAAGCAACUUGUCAAAGCAACAGGCUGCACUUGGUGGUGGACUUGAUCCAUUAUUGCUGAACGGAAUGUACGAUCAGGGGGCUGUCAGGCAGCACGUGAGCACUGCCCAGUUGAGUGGGGGCAGUGCCAGCAGUGUGGCAUUACCCGGACCAGCAGCAGGGAAGGGUGCAGCUCCCGUCCUGGCACUCCCAGCGCCUGACGGGACUAUCCAGACAGUUGGAGGGGACCCAUUUGCUGCGUCCCUGAACAUUCCACCCCCUUCGUACGUACAAAUGGCAGAUUUGGAGAAGAAACAACAGCUUCUGGUGCAUGAACAGAUGAUGUGGCAGCAGUAUGCUCGAGAGGGGAUGCAAGGGCAGUCGAGUUUGGGCAAGAUCAGCAGCCUAGGCGGACACAUUCCUCCAGGCCCACAACCAAUGAUGCCUUAUGGGAUGCCCCCACUAAAUGGCAUGGGAUUACCGCCUGCAGGGUAUUACCACGCUCCUUACUGAUAUUUACCAGCUUCUUCCAUAUAACCAUUAGAUUAUUUUUUUUUUAAUUUUAAAAUCCCCCCCCCCCCCCUCCCAUUGCGCGCUUUUAAUGUUACUGUACUUUAUUUCCGCGUGUUUUGGACCUUCACUGUAUUCAAUCUUUGUGUUAUUCCCCCCUCCUAUUUGUCAAUGCCAACGGGGUAAAAAAGAGGUGGGAAUAAGUGAAAAACUGUGGUCAAGACGCUAUAUAGAGAUCAUGAAGCCUUCCUGCACUGAGCUGGAUGGACGCCCGCUCCAUUAGUCUGCAUUCCGUG